GCACAGCUUUGAGGCCUGCAGAGAAAAGUCUCGAGGUUCAGUCCCCCUUACCAGCAUCUGAGUAUAACCAUUAUCCUACCAUUGCCUCUGCUAAUGCAAUUUCCACACCGAACAUGUAUGUAGAAGAAAGGUCAGUGGCUUAUCCAUUGGUGCAAACAAAGAGCAGAGCUGCCUCAUGAAGCUUCUUACGAUUUCUAUAAUCAACCAGUUGAAUAUGGCCCUGGUUAUCAUAGCCAGCAUACUCAGAUGGAAAUUAACAUUCCUCGGAUUAAGGCGGGAGCAGAUGGGAUCCAUUUACCAUCAUUAGGUAGAAAUGAAAAUGAUGUUAUUGGAGGAGAUGCAAAUCAUUUUGUGAAAGACAUGUUUCAUAAUGAACAAAGUCUCUUCUGUUGAUAAUCCCUUUGGCUCACCAACCAGGAGCCUGUCGUUGUUUGGAAGAUUUAGUGGUAGCCCAUUUGAUCUUGGAUUUAAUGGCACAAUUGAUGACCUUAUGCUUGAUGAGAGCAUAAUAGAGUACUUUGGAGCACAGAUUGAAAGUGUUUAGUCUACACAGGAACUGCAAAAUUAUGCAUCCACUGCUGACUUGGCUGGAUGAAUUUUUCCCUAAUAGAUUUCUUGCUAGUACAGGUGUCAUCCAUUUAACUUUUUAAGAAUGUAAGUUGAGUCAAUUUUUAAUUAUUUAGCCACAAUAUUUAGGAUGCAAAGAAGAUAGGCCAAAACAUGAUUUCUAUGUUAUAGUUGCACUGCCUCCUCCCCCUUAACAGAAAUGGAAACUGAGGAGUUGUGUAAAUGAGUCAAGUUCAUUAACUGUUA